AUGUCUGAUCUCAACCCUCUCAACGGAGGCAACUUCGUCCACGACAACAACCGUCUGGUCGAUGGCGGCUCCAUUCUGAAGCGUUUCUCCCUCCAAGGAAAGACUGCCAUCGUUACCGGUGCCGCCGCCGGUAUUGGCUUUUCUAUCGCCGAGGCCUACGCCGAAACCGGUGCCGACAUUGCUCUCUGGUACCGCACCAGCAACAAGGCUCACGAACGCGCUGAGGAACUAGCCAAGAAGUACAAUGUUACUGGUGAAUAUCCCUAUGUCAAGGCUUAUCAAGUCGAUAUGCGAGAUCCUGAUGCGGUCGAGAAAGCAGUCGACCAAUCCGUCAAGGACCUCGGCGGCCGUUUGGACAUCUUUGUUGCCAACGCUGGUAUUCCUUGGACCAAGGGCCCUAUGAUCGAUGGCCCUAUCGACCACUAUCGUGACGUGGUUCAGACUAACCUCGACGGUACUUACUAUUGCGCCAAAGCAGCAGCCAAGCACUGGCGUCGUCAGAAGAACGAAGGCACUAAUCUUGACGGCCAGCCUUUGACCAACUACACAUCUGGCAGUUUCAUCGCCACUGCUUCCAUGAGCGGUAGUAUCGUCAAUACCCCUCAGCUCCAGGCUGCUUAUAACGCCGCCAAAGCCGGCGUUAUCCAUCUAAUCAAGAGCCUGGCUGUCGAGUGGGCUAGAUUUGCUCGCGCGAACGCCAUCUCUCCUGGUUAUAUCAUCACAGAAAUCUCCAAUUUUGUACCACAGGAGACUAAGGAUAUUUGGAAGGACAAGAUACCUCUGGGUCGUGAGGGUGAGCCCCAUGAACUCCAGGGUGCUUACUUAUUCCUGGCAUCGGAUGCUUCUACAUAUGCUACUGGGGCCAAUUUUGUUAUCGACGGAGGUUAUAGCGCACCUUAA